UGAGUCGUUAUAACCAGUUAUACAAAUGUUGAAAACGAUAUUUUUCUUCCUUUUUCUGUCCUUUCACUGCACCAGCGGAUAUGUUUGCGAUCGUCACGAGAUAUUUAGACGGGACUUAAACUUAACCGCUGUGGAUUACGGAUUGGGUGGAGCUCUGAGUGUGGUGUUCGGCCCCUUGGCGAAUUUGGCUGACAAGGCCAAUAUAGAUAUACCCCUAAUAUCAAGGUUCCGUUCCAAGGAAUCGGAAAGCUAAAAAAAUGUGCAAAAAAGACAUUCAAGGAAAGGGAAUGCCUUAAAGUAAAUAUAUUGCUGAAUUCUAUACACCCUUGACAAUUUAUUUAGGUGCAAUGACAUUUUGGCCUUGCCCUGACAUCUUGAUAAACAAAAUGGCUAAUGCAAAGCCGAGUUCACCGACCGGAAAUUCCAGUAAUUUCCCAGUCAGCGGGAUGCCAGUGCUGUCGCCCAACAAAGUCUCACCCACAUUUUCCAUAUGUACAAUGUUUAGCCAAGAAACAGGUACACCAGGAUACUUCCUCAUGCCAGAGGGCAAUGAACUAGGACACUUUUAGCAUAGAAAACAAGUUAAGACCCAGUCGGCAGUCAGGAAUGUCAUGUUUAGAUUUGAAAAAUCAUACUUUAAUGUAAAGAAACCACAUAUAUAUAUUUCGUUUCCGGAAUAAAAUUAAUAGAUUAUUUUUUCAGUA